CGGUCAAUGCGGGUCAUCGGGCAGAACGGGCCUUCCUCGUCGUUUCUAUUCCUUUCCUUCAUGUCAAUCCAUCUGUCAUCUCCAAAAAAAAAUUAAACUUGUCUCUCUUUAACCACCUGAAGUCCCCUUCUGACUGACUCUUCAACCCCCACCCACACUAUCACGACGCCUACUCCGGAACUCUCACUUCGGAUCGGUCCACCAUUUGGCCCCCUCCCUCAUAAGCGUGCCGAUCGAGUCAACCGGGUCCGCUCUUAUGUCCGAGGCGCAUUGGCUUCGUUUUCUCCAUGUCACAUCCGCUCGUGGCAGCCGUUUGGGAGCAACUCGGGCGCCGUGAUCUGGCAAGCAUUCUACGCGAGAUUAUCGGGGAACAUGCGGCUGCGAUUGCCGUCUCCCAGAUCCAGGAUGGCACGCAGGCCUCCAAAGUCGAGUCCUUGACGCGCUCGGUGUUUUGGAUCCGCGCCAUUUUCGAUCUACAGAGGACGUACUUGCAGGGAUUGAGGAGUGUUCAUGAUGGCCAGUCGAACUUUUUGCAUUACUUAUUGCCGUCGGAUGUGAUACUGUCGGCCGUCAUGUACCUGGUGCAGGUCAAGACCAGUCUGUUUCCGUGUACCUCGACUACCGCGCCCGACCUGGUACGCUCUCGACAUUUCUUGGCCCAUACGCUACUGGCGGGCAUUCGCCUGUUGCUCCUGCGCGGGGAGAACAUGUCGCCCGAUGCGAAAUUUAACAUGGAGCGCGUGAUCCGUUCGGCGUGGCGCGACCCCGACUUGUCCGGCAUGGAGAGAUAUCUGGUCAGCGACCUGUUGCCUAAGGCCAUCAACAACAUCGGCUCGCCAGAGUUGUGUAGGAGCCAAACUCCCCUGGCCAUGGGGAAAUCCGGUUCCCCGGCGUUUGUCUCGGGAAUGUACCCGUUCUCGGGGACAUCGGAGCCGAACAUCACGGAACUUUUGUCCGCGCUCCUCAAUAACAAGACCGACCAACUGAUUCCGUUCUGCCUCUUAUUUGACAUGCUGUGGGCGGCGGAGUCGGCCCUUGUCCAGUGUCAUAUCGACCGCCGGCGCGUCUCCCAGGAAGCAGAGCACACUAGUGAUGCAGCAUUCGAGGUUGACGAGGCUUUCGAAGAAGCGCGAGAGACACGGACGAAAUUGGCCAAAACAAUCUUGGCUGCGUUCAAGGAUGAGUUUACCACUCCGUCUUUGCAGGUACUGGCGACCAUUAUAUUGAGCCAGGACGGCGAGGGCCAACCGCCCGUGCAAACGAGGAGGAUUCGAGACUCGUGGGCCCAGCUUUCUGGGCUGCGGGAGACAUGGGAGAGCUCCCUCGGGCAUCUAGUGAGGUGGUUGAUCAACCGCAGAGUCCAGCUCUGGGGCUGCAAUGGGGAGCUUGAAGCAAACUCGCACUAUUACCAGCAGAACCUGGCCAAUUGGUUACAACUCUCGCCUGUACCAGACAGCGGCGACUCAUUUCAAAUGCCCGAAAAAUGGGCCGACAUCAUCUAUGUGGUGAACUGUCCUGCGGUACACCUCAUCCCCAGAGGACUGUUAGAGGAACAGCUGAGAAAUUUUGACAAAAACGCUCUCGAACAACUGAAAGGGAACCUGCGGUUUUUGACCACGAAUAUAUCUUGCCCCAUGUGCCCUGGGAACACAAAGAUACAGUACGCACGGAUGAUUGAGCCUCUCGACCAAGUGACUACGCCCAUACUCCCUGAAUCGGACAGCAACAGACGCCUCUCUCUCUCCGGCUCAAUCUCCCGAAAUACAACAUCCUCGAGUUCAGUAAGCUAUUCAACGAGCCACUCCUCAGGCGAUGCAUUGAGGAGUCCCGUCACACCGGUAUCAUAUACGCCCGGGUUCAAUGAGAUUGGAAGCAACCAAUCAGCUGGCAUGUACCCAGAUGGGUCGGACCCGUAUCUGACUAGGGCGAAGGGAGACCCGUUCCUUGAGAAGCAAAAAGUCAAGCCGAUUUCAAGAGAGCUGAAGAGUGUGAAGCUACCCAUUGGUGGAGGAUCUAUAUUUAGACGCGGUUCGUCCCGAGAGGCCCAACUGCCCCAGCAACCUCGAUUCUGUUUCUCGGCUUCUGGAGAGUCCCUCCUCCUUUGGGGUGCCGGUAGCAACUGGCUAGUGCGCUUCGAAACAUCCUCUGUUGAAGCGCAAAAACCCAUUGGUCAACGAUAUGACGUGUCCGGCGUACAAUACGCCGCCGCAGGCGAUCAGCGCUGCGCUGUGAUUGCCGCAGUUGGGGAGCACUAUGAGCUUCUUAUCUUCCACAAAACGGCGCCCGUUCCAGAAGCAUUCGUGACAAUCGACACCCAACUAUCUCUAUUACCUCCAAUUUCCAUAGUGAUGUCACGAGAUGAUAGAUACGUCGCAUUUACCCUCAAUGAGGAGGUUCGAAUUUAUGAGGUUGGCACCAAAUACAUCAGAAAAAUCAUGGUAGACAUGAAUCUGAAUCACCACAAAAUAUAUUCUGCCGACAGCUCAAUACCAGCAGAUGGUACAGCGGAAAAGAGCAAUAAAACAGCACUUGAGAGAAAGAUUCAAUUCUCCACCGACGGGAAGAACCUCGUCGUUGCGACCCAUUUAGGAGGUCAGGAUGCCUUUGUGGACGUUUGGAACUGCAGCACCGAGCAAUGGAACGUCGGUCCCGACUGUUCGAGGACAUUCAAACUUCCACCAUGGACAUCCAACGAUAAAGGCGCCACGUGUGUUUUCUAUGACAAUUACCACCGUGCCGUCCUCUUGACCGCCUCAUCCAAGAAGGAAUACCCUGUAUCAUCCCCUACCGUCGAGGAAAGCAACAUGAGUGACCAAUCUGGCACAACGAUCAUCCACGCCGCCCAAUCGCCGUCCGGGUCACGGUUUGUAAUAGCCAAUGGGAACAACCAAGUCUGCUUGUGCAACACCAGUGCUAGCGGGACACUCAGGCCUUCGCGGACAAAAAAGGCCUCCAACAAGAUCAGCCCAUCGGUCUUCAAGCCAGGAAAGCUGGCUCUCUCCUUCCCGCGGGAGAACGAAGUACUCCUGUUCUGGAUCAAACAGGGGCGGCUAAUACUCCGCAUGGUCCGACUAUACGAGGGCAACGAGACCGUCAGCGAGUACGAUUUGCGGUCCGAUUAUGACCGGUUAGUGAUGGAGCGCCUCCAAAUGGCCGGGUCACCAAUCCACCACCGGCAAUAUUCCUUGUCGAAUCAGCCAAUCGCGGAGAUGGAUGGUCUGGCGUUAUCAUCUCCUGGAAGACCCGAAAUGCCCGAACUCCCAUCGACCUGAAAGAUAUCCCGUGUUUCCAUACUAGCGAUCUUUGUGAGCAUGUACUUGAUUAAAAGAAGGUUAGGUUGGCUUGUCUGUAUACUUUUGUCUGUACUGUAACAAAGAGCAAACAAAGAAAUGCGAGGCAGUGACAUUACGUAAUCUCGGAGCAGGCCACCUGUUACCUAAACGGGUUAGAGCGGGGAGCUUGGCGGAUCAACAAAAGACCGAGCGCCGGGGGCUUCCUCGACGUCACCAACGACAGCAUCAACAUUGCCUAACAAAGAGGUCUCUGAGGAGAAGGAGAGCGCCAGAGGUGAGUGUUCUUGCUGUUUUUGGUCCUUUGAGCCCUUAUCUUUCACUCCUUGCACUCCCCGCGUCUCUGGACUCUAGUGAACAUGUGGAUCUGCCUUUGCGGAUGAUCGACUUGGCAUCGGGCCAUUGACGAAGCCCCUCAUGCGCCGAUACAUUGCUUGCUUCUUUCUAUGAGCUAACUUCUGCUCGGAAUUACAGGAAUCCAAGGUGUUCCACAAUCUUGAACCGCAUUUGUCCGUUAUCUGAGCCCCGAACAGACACCAUUGUGUCAGCCGUUCCACCCCAUCAACUAUCCACGGCGCAUCACUUCAGGUCGACGUCAUUAAUAUACAUGCCAUCCGAGCACUUCCCCCAACCUUCCUGUACCUACCAGUCACAUCAACUCCUACUUCGAUCAAGACAAGCCAACCCUAAAUAGUGAAAGUAUACUUCUUUUUAUACACACAAUCAUGUCACAACCCGAGUACGACUAUGCGCGUCGGCCCUCGCAGGCUGAAAACCAGACCAUCCAGAAAUCCGAAAUCCCGUUGAAGGAGCGGUUCUUCCGCUACUUCCAACAAGAGAUUACUGCUCUCCAAGAACAAAUGGACCGUCUGGCAGAUACGUCUCUCAUAGGCGGAGAACGCACCGAUGCCACCGAUCACUGUCUGGCUGGAAUCGCGCGGUUAUCGAACGAGGUCAAGGAUGCAGCGAGCUACAUCCCAACUUAUGACCAGCGGGUAUAUGCAGAGGUGAGCAUUUCCCUGCAGGCUGCAUUCGCACCAUUCAUUAUUAUUGUCGCUGUUUUAAACUAAUGCGUUCUAGGCUAUCAAGGCACUGCAGGAU